AUGGGAUCAAGAUCAAGAGAAACUACUCCUACAAAAGAGGAUUUGGAUUUUAUAGUUGAUGAUGGUUAUCAACAUGAUGAGGAUCCAGAUUAUGUACCAAAUGAAAAAUAUGUUGUUACAGGACCAGAGUUUAAAAAAUUAACCAGAAAUGCUAAAAAGCUUGGUGCUGAAUCACUUGAUUAUUCUACCCGAAAAAAUAAUAAAUACAUGGCCACCCUUCCAGGUGGAAAGAAAGUUCACUUUGGGUCACCAAAAUAUCCAGACUACACUAUUCACAAAGAUAAAGAGCGAAGAGAUAAAUAUCUGUCUCGUGCUACAAAGAUUAAAAACAAACAGGGAGAAUUAACUUAUACUAAUCCAGAAUCGAGCAACUUCUGGUCAGUAAAUUUACUUUGGCCAAAAAAAUAAAAAUGAUUUAUUAUAUGUUUAAAGAAAUAGUUUUUAAUAUAAAAUGGAGAAUUAUAUAUUAGAGAGUGGUAAAAAGUUUUUUGUUCAUCCAAUUUAUAAAAAAUAUGCAGCAAAUAAAUAUGGUGAAAUCAUGAAUGUUAGAUUAAGAAAAGCUAUGAGAGGAAAUAUUACUAAAUCUGGUUAUUUAAUUUUUGGUUUAUCUAUAUCAAAAAAUAACAUAAAAAGUUAUCUUACACAUCGAUUUAUUUAUGAGUGUUUUUAUGGAUUGAUAGGAAAAAAUAAAUUCAUUAAUCAUAUUAAUUUUAUUAAAAGAGAUAAUAGGUUGAAAAAUUUGGAAGUAGUUACACAAAGUGAAAAUAAUAAAAAAUCAGCAAUUAAUAGAGAUUAUAGUUUUGUAAAGGAUAAUCAUAAAAAUAAAAAAAAAAGUUAAGGGAAUUAAUUUGUUAACAAAUGAAGAAGUUAUUUACAAUAGUUUAUAUUCAGUUAACAAAUUAUUAUCUAUUAAUGCAGGUCAUGUUAAAAUGAUUUGUGAGGGAUUUAACUAUUGUAAAUCAGCCACUUCAAAAAAAGAUGGUCAAAAAUACACAUUUGAAUAUAUAAAAUAAAAUUAAUUUUUUUUAAAAUGAAGUUUAAAGAUUAAAUAAAUAUUAAUAAAAUGCAGUUGACCAAAUACGAAGAUAUUACUAAGGAAAAUAUUAUAUUUAAUAAAACAAAGGAGUAUAAAGUAAAAGAUAGUAAUAUCAAAUAUAAACGGAUUAAAAUUGAAGUAAAUUAUCCAAAUGGUAAAAGAGGUCCAUUAAUAGUUGUAACUCCACUUCUUUUCUCUUUUGGAGUAAGUGAAAAUAAAGAUCAAAAAACAGGUAAAUUAAAUGGUUACUCAGUUCCAAUAUGUCUUUGGGAGCGAGAUGGUGUACCAAACCAAAAAGAACUAUCAUUUUUUUGAAGUUAUAAAUAGUAUUAAUUCAUUAUGCCAAAAUCAUUUAGAAUCAGAAUAUGGACCGGAUUUAGCAUCACAUAUGACUUCUCCAUUUUAUUUUAAAACCAUUACUUACACAGAUAAAAAAGGAAGAGAAAAAACUAAAAAAGAUGAUACAUCAGCACCAAUUCUUUAUGCAAAACUUAUUUACUCUGAAAAAUCAAAGAAAAUAUUAUCUUUGUUUAAGGGAAAGGGAGGACGUGAUUUAAAUCCUUUAAAAUAUAUUAAUCAAUACUGUAAUGUUAAAUUAGCAUUAAUAAUAGAAGGAAUUUUUAUAAGUAAGACUAACAUCUUUACAAAUAAAAGUACAUGA